AUGUCGUCCUCCCUCUCUUCGGCCAAAAGUGCUGCCUCCAGCGCCCUCUCCUCGGCCUCGGCCUCUGCUACUGCAAAAGCAUACUCAGGUUCCGGCAGCGGCAGCGGCAUGUCAACCACCGGGACGAUCUUCACAUCGAUCACGGCCAUUCUCACAAUCCUCGCCGUGGCCGCAGCCGGCAUUUACUUCGCAGGAUACGCUGACGACGUCGCCGAAUGGUUCGCCAAGAAAUACUACAAAGGAAAAGCCAUCGCAGAGGUCAAAGUGUUCGAGAAUGCUGGGAGUGAGAAACUCCAAUCCAUGGCCAAGGACUCGUUGAAGAAGAAUCCCGUGAUGGGCGAGGGUGAGCUUGACCAAGUGUCCGGCGGCCUAGGCAAAGAAGCUGUAUCAGAUGGCCUCGGCGGCGUCAGUGGGAAGUUGGGCGGCCUGGGCAACUUGUGA